GGCAUUGAGCAGCAUGAGUAGCAAGCGAAAGUCGCGUGUGGCGUUAGCUUCAGAUUCAGAGGGGUCAGAUGUGAGCGGCGACAACAACUCCACAUCGACAAAGAAGAAAAUCCGUGUAGCGGACCAAGAUGACGAGGACGCUACAUCCGAUUCAGGGGAUGAGUGGGGCUCUAAAGGUGGGAACAAAAAGAAAGUUUUAACGAAGAAGGCAAUGUCCCCACGGUCGGGCGGUAAUGCAGGAACUUCGCGAUCGGGUUCUGGAGGUUCUGAAGGCGUUGAGGAAGGCGAAUUGCCAGCCGGCUCAUCAGAAAAUAACGACAGCGAUGAAUCGGGCGGCGAGUCCGACGAAAGUGAAGAAUUUAACGAUGGAUAUGAUGAAGAUCUCUUAGGAGACGACGCUGAUCGAGCCCGAUUGGCUCAGAUGACAGAAAAAGAGCGUGAGCAAGAAAUCUUCAACCGAAUUGAGAAGCGUGAACGCCUUAAGGCUCGAUUUGAAAUUGAAAAGAAACUGCGACAGGCCAAGAAGAAACGCGAAUCAAAAGCCAGAGAGGAGCAACAAUUAGACAAGGAUCUCAGCCUGAGGGAUAAAUCAUUUACCGAUGUGUCCAUGCGGUCAAAAGAGCGCAAGAAGAACCUCGAAGGUCGCCAGGAUAAGAAAAGCCAAGCUAUUCAGAAUUUACGAGCAGAACGUGAGAAGAAAAAAAAGGCUGAGGAGGAACGCAAAGAAAAAGAGGACACAGAAAAAGAGACAUCAACCUCCAAACGUGAUAAAGAGAAAGACAAGGAUAAAGGCGACAAGGUCGAACGGGAAACUGGGAAAAAGCUGAAAGCGUCAGAUAUUUAUUCCGAUGAUGACAGUGAUGGAAGUGACUCAUCCGCUUCGAGAUCAUCGUCAGUUAGUUCAAAGGUGAGUCGUCGAUCACGGAGCAAAAGCCGCAGCCGGAGUCGAUCACGAAGCCGAGACUCGCGAAGCAGAAGUCGUGGGUCUCGAAGCAGGAGUAGAUCGUCGUCGCGAAGUCGUUCAAGGAGUCGAUCCCGAAGCGUCAGCCGAUCGUCAGAGUCAUCAUCAGCCGACAGCACGACAUCACGACGGAGCGAAGAAAAGGUUGUUUUUGCCAAGGAGCACAUCUCACAGAUACGACUGUCGCGGUUUCGCCUUGAGAAAUGGUUAUUUGCUCCAUUUUUCGCAAAGACCGUUAUCGGUUGCUUCGUACGAAUAGGCAUCGGUCAGAAGGGAGGAGAAUCUGUGUACAGGGUGGCCGAAAUCUUGGACGUGGUGGAAACACCGAAGAUCUACCAGUUGGGCAAGAACCGAACUAACAAAGGACUUCGGAUAAAGCACGGAAAGGAUGAGCGCGUGUUUCGAAUAGAAUACGUCUCGAAUCAGGACUUCACGGACGCUGAGUUUGCUAAAUGGAUGGAAGUCAUGAGCACGGAUUCGUUGACGCUACCAACAAUUUCUUCCGUCGAACGGAAGAAACGCGAUGUAGACGCCGCAAACAAUCAUUCAUAUUCGGUUUCGGAUAUCAAUCAGAUCGUUUUAGAGAAGAAGAAAUUUAAGCGAAAUCCACACAACUACGCAAUGGCUAAGACGGAGCUCAUGAAAAAGAAAGAGAUGGCUGAACAGCUCGGCGAUCAUGAAGAGGCACGGAGAUUGACUGAAGAGUUAGAACGGCUUGAAGACCGUGCCAAAGAAUUGGAUAAGCAGAGAACGAGUACGAUCUCGGCUAUUCAGUACAUUAACGAGCGGAAUAGGCAGAAGAACAUUGUUGACAUUGAACGAGCUAUCCUUGAGGACGCAAAAAAGAAUAAAUUAAAGGCUGAUGACCCAUUUACAAGGCGCAAAUGUGCCCCGUCUCUCGUAACAAAGAAGCAUGGUGGUUCAGACAAACUUACCUCGGAGCAGCUUAAGGCAUUAGAAGAAGCAAAGAAACGCGACGCCGAAGUGCGAAAGGCAGCUGAAGAGGCUAAACGCAAAGAGGAUGAGGAAAACGCUCGAAAAGAGAAAGAGAAGUCGCGCUCAACGCUGGGCGCUGCAAACGGGGGAGAUCUGUUUGCCGCGCACGACUUCGAUAUUGCAAUCGACCUCGACGCAUCCAUUCCGGCACCGCACGUUGCCCAUCACCCCGUUCGAGCAUCGCUAGGCAGUUCGGCUGCAAAUGUGUUGCUCCGAGAUUCGGCGCCUAGACGAUCACUUAAUAUCGAAGAGUAUAAAAAAAAGCGCGGAUUCAUCUGAGCGCUGUCACGAUCUAUAAGCUGUAUGAUCACCAACCUGACCCCCAUAUUUUCUAUUUGGCGAAAACACUCGGAGAAUUUCAGAAAAAUUUGAUCGCCACAUAUUUCAUACAGAUACACAUAGGAUUACUUGCCACAUAUUUCAUACAGGCACACAUGAGAUUACUUGUAGCUUCAUGCUGUUGACACAUGUCGGCUAUAAGAUCGUUCCCGGUCAGAACCUAAGUCGGGAAUGCUCUAAAACUGACUGCACAGAUCCCGUUUAUUUUCUAGAGAACAGUGAUUAUAAACUCAAAAUGAUCGUGAGGCUGAGUAUUGGUGGCAAUGUAAACACAUUUCUUUAAACGAAUUUCUGUGGCGACGUGGUUUAAAAAACAAACUGGGAGAUCGUCCUCAGUGCACGAUCUAGUAGAUUGUUUUUCAAUCUUAAGCAAUCUUUUCCUUCUGUAGGGAAAGUAAACUGCAGCAUAUGGUGGCUGUUCCCGUGAAAUAUACCUUUCGUUUAGAAACGAAACGUACAAAAAAAAAGCACGCAACAGACAUAGUAAUUGCUACUGACAAAGACUACAGAUGUAGUUAUAUCUGGCCUAACAGGGCCAAGCGUAUCCUAAAGGACGCGCCCUUAAGACUGAAUCUUAAGGCAAUGUAUAUUAUUGAUGACGUUUAUGCAAAAUGAAACGAUUGCCUCGAAUUUCCUUUCUUGCAUUUCAUGCGGCUCCGUCGCAACAUGUCUCGUAAUUUGUUCGAAAUCUGCAUUAGAUUGCAUUGUAUUUUGCCAUUAACUCAAAGAUCACAUAAAACACAAGAUCACAUAAGACGCAAAUAAGCAUCAGAGAAACAGCCUACUUGUGCCCGCCAGGGGCCACAACCUGACUUCAGAAACAGCAGACUUCCGUGCUCCCGUGGCGCAUUGAAUGACAAGACUGGGAAUCCAUUAACGUCAACCGAAUUGUAAAAUUCGCGAGCGUUAGCAACACAUUACAUAAACGUUUAAAGAAAGUUUCGAUAAAGAUGUUUUCUUUAGUACUUGAGGGAUCGCAGGCACAUCACUGAAAAAUGAAGAUGACUUCAAUGAGGGCUGAGAAAACAUGUCAAUCGACAACUAAGUAAAUCUGAUAAAAGGGGUACUUCACGUAGUUAGACAAUAGUGAACGAAUGUGUACAUGGAGUAAGUACAUCGUAUACACCCGUGUAGUAGUUAUCAGUUAGUUCGCGGUAGUUUCUGGAGACCACAAAAAAGUAAAAUGUACCAAUAAUGAUAACGAUAUAUAUGCAUUAGGAAUAAGCCGUAGGAAAAUUAAGGAAGAGGGAAGAAUACAAAGUUAUUAUGAAUUUAGUGGUGAUAAGUAUACAACUUUAAUACCUAACAUAUAACGAAUACAUCAUUGCUGUUAACGCUUACAUAAUGUACGAGACGAUCGAACGUGGGGAAAAUGUCAAACUGGAAAUUAGAGAACGUAAAGUACACUGUCGACGAUGGAGUAAAUAAAUUAGCAAACGUGAAAAUACAAUACGAUGUACAUACACGCGCUAUGCGCAAACACAAUAACUUUUCAGGAGGACACGAGACAAAAUUAGCUGGUCACUAACAGAGCCUAUUGCGAUAUCUUUAUCAAGUCGAGUUAAUAGACGUGUAUAAAACAAAUAUGUUGCUAGUUUUGCGUGAACAGAGGUCUCCGUACUAUGUGACUGAUGCUUUAAAAUUACGGUUGAUAGUUUUUAUGAAAGAAACGCAAUUUGUGUUACGAGUGUCUUGCUCAGUACCAAAUGGCACACUUUGCGCAGAGCCAAUGGCACUUUUGUUGACCCCCUACAACUUAAAACCUACAGCCACUAAAUUGAGAUAAAUUUAUUAAAUUCAUUGAUUGUAGUGUCUGUAAAGCUUCACUGAAAGUGAAGCCCAAUCUAUUUAUAUCUACAUGUACAAACUAUGUUACUACAGAGUUAUUUUGUUCUCAAUCUUAAAUUGAAGUGCAUCGAAUGAUUGACGCGGGUGCAUAUCAGCUGGAGUUUGUCAUGUCAUAAUUUGCCAUGGUUCGAUUCGACGUUAUUUUACGUAGUUUCUGGGACUGGCAUUGCUAGCCUGACACGCCGAAGAUCAUCGAGGUCACAAGGCUGGUUUUGUAAAACUAACUAAUAAUCAUAGUUAUUGGCUCUGUUUGUCCGACAGCAAUUAGAAUUUGACACCGGUAUUCCGAAAGCUAGAGGCUUCGGACAAGGCUGUAUGACCAGUACGGUAUUUUAUAGUGAACCAUGAAAAAGAGGCGGCGCCUAAGGGAAGUUGCAGCAGGGUCAAAGCGACACGUGAGGACAUAAAACUGGCGAUAUAAUGAUGUAUACCGCACUAGAAGCGAAAGGUACAGAUCGAAGGAUGCACUGCUUCGAGCAACCGGACAAACGGUUUUUGAAUAAGCAGUAGCUAGCUAACGACGUAAUUACAUAUAGGCGAAAUGCGCACAGCGGACUCCCAUGUCCGAUUGUGGCUACCAACCACCCAGUUAGAACAUAGACUAUAGGAGGAUUAGUUAAUUAUGAGGUUACGAGAGUAUAGGUGUCCUUAGAGGGUAAUAAACUGCCGAGUGCACGAGAAAACACUCCUGAGGUCCAAACGGGCCCGUUUCAAUCUCAGGACUUGAUUCCAGUGUAUAGGGCGGACUGAGCGCGGAAAUUCACGCUGUAACUUCGUUGUAAAAAUGCGUCUACCGUUACUGGUUGAACUAUGUUUCUUGUCUUGUAAUUAGCAAUGCACAAACAAGACCUCAAAUGUUCUAUGUAUAACUAUGUGAGCACCUAGCAUGUCUGAACAAUGCCUGCUGAGUUAGAGAAUAGCUUUGCAAACAAACUGGCAAACCUUUUGGAAGUGGCAUCUGAGCGAUACAGAGCAUCGCCAAUUGCUCUAUAAUGUUAAACACGUUUCAUAAUUUAUGAUUAGAGGCCCUUUCAUAGCCAGAACGGAGUAGAAAGGCCCUCAAACGAUUUAGUGGAACUGACUACUUUGCGCUGUUUGUUAACGGCAGCAAGCAGUUGUAGACCGGUAGUGUAAAGCAAAUGUGUGGUUUUUCAAAAACGAUUGCAGAAAAAUGUACGAAAAUAUUGUUAUAUUACCCCAUAGCCUCUUACGCAAUUUUCGCUCUUGAGAAGAACUAUAUUGUGUAUGAACUAUGAUUAAUUUAUUCGUACUCCUAUUCACAUGGUACGAUUAGAAUUAUUAUCGAGCCUUAUCUCCGCUAGGAAUCACGGGAAUCACAUCCCAAACUGGAUGGCCGUAUGCAGGUUAAUAAAUCGACUUUAUAUACAAACUGUAAAAAAGCUUUCAAUUGCGACUAUUUACUGUAACUUUAAAUCUCGAAUCGCGACGUGAACCUGUCCAAAGAUGUGUUCGCUAAUCUACAGUAAGAACUUCCCUAAACUACUUGUUGAAUCUUAUUCGAUAGAUAUUGUUCCGAUACGUAUACAACAAUAGCUUUGCGAGCAUAUUCCUCUGCAAUGUUUCGAAUGUAUCUUUUUAAAUAUGACCUUUAU